AUGGGUGCCACUAAUGUCGACUCCCUUGUUGGUCAGCUGACCCUAGAUGAGAAGAUUUUGCUUCUGGCAGGCAAGAAUUUCUGGGAAACACACGAGAUUCCUCGUCUGGGAAUACCCUCCCUCAAAGUGACAGAUGGUCCCAGCGGCGCGAGAGGCGCCACUUUCAUUGAUGGUACACCUGCCGCAUGCUUUCCAGCCUGUGUAUCCCUGGCCGCGACCUUUGAUCGGGAGCUGGCAAGGAGAAUUGGCACGGCACUUGCCCAAGAGACGCAGUCCAAAGGGUGCUAUGUGCUAUUGGGUCCUACAGUCUGUAUUCACAGAUCCCCUCUUGGUGGUCGAAACUUUGAGUCGUUUUCAGAAGACCCCUUGUUGGCUGGCGUUUUGGCCACGGAAUACGUGAAAGGGCUGCAGGAUGAGAGAGUUGCGGCCUCUGUCAAGCAUUUUUUCGCCAAUGAGCAAGAUACGCGGCGGUUCGUCCUGAAUGAGACCAUCUCAGAAAGGGCUCUUCGCUGCAGCGAGAUAUACCUGAAACCUUUCGAAAUUGUGGUCAAGGAGGCCAGGCCAUGGACUCUGAUGUCAGCAUACCCCAAAAUUAACGGUAGUUACAUUGAUGCAACUUCUACUUGGUUGACUCAAGUCCUUCGAGACGAAUGGAAAUUUGACGGUCUCACAAUGAGUGACUGGGGAGCUGCCUCUACCGUGGCUUGUGUAGCGAAUGGGCACCCAUCGAUUGUCCAGCAUGCUAACAUGAUGAUAUCACAAAGACUGGAUCUAGAAAUGCCUGGCCCUGCUAGACAAACCGCAUCUGAGAAUGUGUACAAGGAAUUAAAGGAGGGCAGAUUGACCGAGGCUGACAUUGACGCUCGAGUUCGUGCGUCGCUUGUGCUGCUUGAGAGAGUGGGCAAGUUUGCCGACCGUGGACCAACGCCUGCUGAGCGUGCCAUCGACCGUCCAGAGCACCGUGCCUUGAUACGGGAGGCAGGGGCAUCAGCAAUCGUUCUUCUCAAGAAUGAACACGAGGUUCUCCCUAUCGACGUCAAGCAGACCAAACGAAUUGCUUUGCUGGGACCGCUUGCGAAUCACGCCUCUGCACACGGCGGUGGAAGCUCAUUCCUCACUUGCCAUUACAAGAUUGACCCUUUGCAAGCUUUCACAGAGCGCUUUGGAGGUCAGGUGGAACUCACCUACUCAAAAGGUAGAUGCGUCGUCGCCCCUUUUUCAAGCCCUGAAUUCGUCGCUGACAAAAGCUUAGGAUGUGAGAUAUACCGCUCACUGCCCGACUUCACCGCUGGUAUUGUCAACCGGGAAGGAAAACAAGGUUUUGAUGUUGAUUAUUUUCCUUCAUACGAUGCUACCGGCAAGUCACUGAAGACGGAGCAGACGCAGCGCAGUUACUUCACAACGCACGAUCAGAUUGACAUCAAGACCACGGCCAUGAGUGCGAGAAUGAGCGCGCUCUAUCGCCCAACAGAAACAGGGUCGCACUAUCUCAGUCUAUCAGGUGCAGGAGAGACGAAACUUCUAAUAGAUGAUCAUUUGGUCAUCAAACAGGAUGGCUCGAUUCCCGAUGCUAUGGCUUUCAUCGCCGGAUGCCAAGAUGAGUUGAAGGCACAGCACUAUUUUGAAGCUGGCAAGACAUACAGGAUCGAGGUAUUGACAACAAUGCCGAGUGUGAGCAUUUCAGACAGUCAUAUCCUCGACAAGCAGCUGUGCGCUCACGUGGGUUUCGUUCCCCAAGCCCAGAUGGAACACGAUCUGCAAAAAGAAGCCGUAGAGCUCGCCAAAGAGGCGGAUGUUACUCUCGUUUUCGUCGGUAACACCUAUCAGUGGGAGUCAGAAGGCCAGGACAUGAACGCCAUGGUUCUUCCGCCGUACGAGACGAGAAGCCAGGAUGCUCUUGUCUCGGCUGUUGCUGCCGUGAACCCCAAGACGGUCGUGAUGAUCAAUACAGGUGUCCCUGUGGAGCUUCCAUGGCUGGACGAGGUGGCGGGCUUGCUGCAGGGAUGGUAUGCUGGCCAGGAGGUCGGCAACGCACUCGUUGAUGUCCUUGUUGGGGACGUCAAUCCGUCCGGGAGGCUGCCUAUGUCGUGGCCCCGUAAGUACGAGCAUACGGCUUGCUAUGGUAACUUCGGGCUUGAUUCACAUUAUUCCAAGGAGGUUGAAUAUGUGGAAGGUGUCUUUGUUGGGUACCGCCAUUUCGAUCGUCACUGGAAAGAGGAGAAAGAGGUUCUUUUCCCAUUUGGCUACGGUCUCAGCUAUACUGACUUUGGCAUCAAUCAUUUUUCAGUUUCUGGGACGUUUUCAAAAGACGCUCAAACGCCUUUGGUGGAGAUGACUGUGACAGUCAAGAAUCUGGGCAGCCGAGCCGGCGCUCAAGUCUUGCAGGUCUUCGUAGUACCUCCGUUGACAGAAGGACUAGAGAGACCAGUCAAGGAACUGGCGGGAUUUACAAAAAUUUAUCUAGCACCAGGAGAGGAAAGACAGGUUCGGAUGGAGAUAAGUAAUAAUGCGGCCGCGUUUUGGGAUGAGAGUAUCAGGAAGUGGAGGGUGGUUGCGGGAUCAUAUAGUAUCCUGUGCGCAACAAGCUCUCAUCCUGAUCAUGUUAUUGAUCAGUCGGUAAUUGUUAUAGAAGAGGAGUUUACAAUGAAUGCUUGA